CUUUCUUCGGCCCCUUAGAAAUGACGAAAAACCAGCCAUAUAUCCCCUGCUAGACAGUUAGAACACCUCCCCACCCAGCAGCUAAACAUUGAAACUAGUGAUGAUAACACGUAUAUCAUCGAGGAGAGGCCUAGAAGUGAGAUAGAGGUGUAAACAAGGGUGCAUGGUGGAGUCAGCCAAUAGGGAGUCAGGUAGCACGGCGCCUCGGGUAGAGACAGAGGCGACUGGCUACACAAACACCCUGGCUCACAUAUCCCCUCUCAUUUCCCAGUUUUGGGAAAAGCUCUCCUACAAAAUGAAAAUGAUGAACCCCAACAACAUGAACCGUCUGGAGCUGACCAAGGUGUUCUCGGAUGAUGAGGCGCUCAUCAACAAGAAGGUGCCUCGGGAGCUCCUGCUGCAAGUAUUCUCAUACCUGGAUGUGGUGUCCCUAUGCCGCUGUGCCCAGGUGUCCAACUACUGGCAUGUCCUGGCCCUUGACGGCUCCAACUGGCAGAGAAUUGACCUCUUCAACUUCCAGACUGACAUUGAGGGACGUGUCGUGGAAAAUAUUGGACGCCGUUGCGGGGGUUUUCUGAAGCAGUUGUCCCUAAGGGGUUGUCAGAGCGUGAACGAUGCAGCUCUCGUUACCUUUGCGGAGAUGUGUAACAAUAUAGAGAAGCUGAACUUGAAUUACUGCAAGAAUAUUACCGAUAAGACCUGCACAGCGCUGAGCAGACACUGUCCUCGUCUGGUGCACCUCGAGCUGGAUUCCUGUGCCCAGAUUGGUGACAACUCCCUGAAGGCGCUGAGUGAUGGCUGCCCUAACCUGGAGUGGAUUAAUGUGUCCUGGUGCGAGCUCAUCACGCAGAACGGUGUGGACGCGCUGGCCCACGGGUGUCCCAAGCUGAAGGGGUUUGUGGGUAAGGGGCUGAAGGCACUGACAGACCCCGCCCUGCUGUCCCUGGCCCAGUACUGCAAGGGGCUGCAGCACAUCAACCUCUGCAGCUGCUCGGCUAUCAGUGACCGGGGAGUGGUGGCGCUGGCUGAGAGCUGCUCUAUGGUGAGGUAUCUAUGUCUCAGCAACUGCCUGCACCUCACUGACACAAGCCUGGUGGUGUUGUCACAGCACUGCACACACCUGGAGACACUGGAGGUGGCGGCCUGCUCACAGUUCACAGAUAAUGGGUUCCAGGCGCUGGCUAGGACCUGCCACAUGCUCGAGAAAAUCGACCUUGAAGAUUGUGUCCUUAUCACAGACGUCACACUUAAUCACCUUGCGUCAGGCUGCCCGCGCCUCGAGAAGCUGAGCCUGUCCCACUGCGAGCUAAUCACAGACGAGGGCAUCAGGCACCUGGGGGUCUCGGCGUGCAGCACCGAACACCUGUCAGUCCUGGAGCUGGACAAUUGCCCCCUCAUAACUGACCAAGCUCUUGAACACCUCCAUUCCUGCCACAACCUACACCGCAUUGAGCUGUACGACUGCCAGCUCAUCACCCGCGCCGGCAUCAAGAAACUCAAGAGCAACCUUCCCAACAUCAAGGUCCACGCGUACUUCGCCCCACAGACGCCACAGCCCACAGAGGGUCGCACCAGACAACGCUACUGUCGCUGUUGUGUUAUUCUCUGAGCCCCCCGCCCCCUCAGCACCCCCACACCUCCACACACCCCCUGAACCAUCCCACCACCACUAGAAGCCCCAUUCCAGCCCCCUUGGCCCGUGACGAACCCUGGACCCCUCACAGCCGACUACAGCUCCCCAAACAUCCUAGGCCGGUUUUAGGGCUGUUUCUCCUUCCCCUAUGCUUCCCUGUCCUAUUCCUGCCUCACCCCCCCCCCCACAGGGUCUAUAAGGGUGGUGGUGGUGGUGGUGGUGGUGGUGGUAUUGAGAGAGAGUUCAGAUCUCAAAAUGUAAACAAAGGAGAUACCAGGAGGGUUUCUCUCUCUAAUCUCGCUCUAAUUCUCUUGCUCUAAUUCUCUCUCUCUCUCUCUCUCUCUCUCUCUCUCUCUCUCUCUCUCUCUCUCUCUCUCUCUCUCUCUCUCUCUCUCUCUCUCUCUCUCUCUCUCUCUCUCUCUCU